GAAGAUCAAUCGAGAUUUUUCGAGCUUGUCUUCCGAAAAUAAUUUCAACCCACCCCACCCACAAACCAAUUGUGAUCUGAAGUGUACAAAUAACGAAGUGAUAAAUCGAGGCAACAGCGGAGAUGGUGAUUCAUUUCGAUUAUUCUUUUUUACAUGUACCGAUAGGUGUGGAUUAACGACUACUACUGGGUGUGUAAUUAUUUUCGGAAGACAAGCUCGAAAAAUCUCGAUUGAUCUUCCUUACCAGUUUUUGAAAGAUGUCGGCCAAAGCUAUAAGGGAAGCGACCGGAAAAAAUCUGAUAAAUAAUCAUCUUGGAGGCGGUACAGCUGCAGUUCAGUGCAGAUUUGCUUCCGUAAAUCAAGAUACCAAGUUUGCUGAAUUGGUGGCCAACAAUCCUUGGUUGAAAACAGAGAAACUCGUCGUCAAGCCAGACCAGCUCAUUAAAAGGAGAGGGAAAUUGGGAUUGAUUGCUGUCAAUAAAGAUCUAGAUGACGUUCAAAAAUGGAUAGCAGAAAGAAUGAACAAAGAUCAGAAAGUGGGUGCUGCUACCGGCAAACUUAGAAAUUUUAUAAUCGAACCGUUCAUACCUCACAAUGACACCGAAGAAACAUACGUUUGUAUAUACUCUCAUCGUCAUGCAGAUACGAUACUGUUUUAUCACCAGGGAGGGGUGGAUAUUGGAGACGUAGACAGCAAAGCUCUAAAAUUGGACGUGCCCGUAGGAGAAACUGUCGAUGAAGCCACCAUAACAAAGGUGUUAUUAGGAGGGGUGGUGUCCGCCAAGAAAGAAAUGAUCUCCACAUUUAUCUUCAAUCUCUAUAAACUAUACACUGAGCUUUAUUUCACAUACUUGGAAAUUAACCCGCUAGUUGUUACGGAUAAAGAAAUAUUUAUUUUGGAUUUGGCUGCUAAAUUAGAUGCCACUGCUGAUUUCAUUUGCAGACCUAUGUGGGGAGAAAUUGAUUAUCCACCACCUUUUGGAAGAGACGCUUUACCAGGUGAGUUUAUAGACUUGGAUUCCAAAUCAGGUGCUAGCUUAAAAUUAACGAUUUUGAAUAAAUCUGGUAGAAUUUGGACCAUGGUUGCUGGCGGUGGAGCGUCUGUAAUUUAUAGUGACACAAUAUGUGAUUUGGGAGGAGCAAAGGAAUUAGCCAAUUAUGGAGAAUAUUCAGGUGCACCAAGUGAACAACAAACUUAUGAAUACGCAAAAACGAUACUAUCUCUGAUGACCCAAGAGAAGCACCCACAAGGAAAAGUGUUGAUCAUUGGUGGGGGAAUCGCUAAUUUUACCAACGUAUCGGCUACUUUCAGAGGUAUUAUCACUGCCUUGGUCCAGUUCAGGGAGAGGCUCGUAGAACACAAAAUUUCAAUCUUCGUCAGAAGGGCCGGUCCAAAUUAUCAUGAAGGUUUGAGAAGAAUGCGCGAAGUUGGACAAACUUUGGGUAUUUCUCUGUAUGUUUUUGGCCCGGAAACCCACAUGACUGCUAUAUGUGGUAUGGCCCUAGGCACUCGUCCCAUUCCCCAAGAAAAUAAUAUUGAAACUGCAACGGCAAAUUUCGCACUACCUAGCGGAGAAAAAGAACCAAAUACGCAACGUCUGACUUCCAAUAAAGAUGUUCCGACACCUUCUGUCGCCUUCAGUGUAAAUCCAAAAGGAGACGCAAUAACAUCCAUGUUCACUAAGUCUACGAAAGCCAUCAUUUGGGGUAUGCAAAAUCGAGCAAUACAAAGUAUGUUGGACUUUGACUUUGUCUGCACCAGAAAUGAACCAAGUGUUGCCGCCAUCAUCUACCCCUUUACCGGAGAUCACAAGCAAAAUUUCUAUUGGGGUCACAAGGAAAUCCUCAUUCCCGUUUAUAAGCAUAUGAAAGAUGCUAUGAACAAACAUCCAGACGCCGACGUUUUGGUGAAUUUUGCUUCACUCCGCUCUGCUUACUCAAGUACGGUUGAAACCCUGCAGUUCCCCCAGAUCAGAACCAUUGCCAUAAUUGCAGAAGGUAUUCCAGAAAAUUACACGAGAAAACUUAUCAAAUUAGCGAACGAGAAGAAAGUAUCUAUAAUCGGACCAGCAACUGUUGGUGGAGUCAAACCAGGGUGUUUCAAAAUCGGUAACACUGGCGGUAUGAUGGAUAACAUUUUGCAUUCUAAGUUAUAUAGACCUGGAAGUGUGGCAUAUGUAUCCAGGUCUGGAGGUAUGUCCAACGAGUUGAACAACAUUAUGUCCAAGGCAACUGAUGGUGUAUAUGAAGGAGUUGCAAUUGGUGGAGAAAGAUGGUCUCAAUUUGAUUGGGAAGAUAGACUUAUAUAUUACAGUAAUACCUUGAAAAUGGAGUUAACAAUUUUUAUAUUUCACAAUAACGAACAAUAAAAUUAGAACUUUCUCAAUUUUUUCUUCCUAUCAUAUAUUCUAGGAGAUAAUUCAGAAGAUUAUUUUCAUUUGCUUGGUUCCUUGUAUUCAACCAAUUCGAAUGUAACAAAUAGUGUUUCUAAAUGUAUUUAUAUCCAUUAUCUCAAAAUGAUGUUACCUUUUACUCAUCCAUGUAAGUCACAUUUAUGUAAGUCACAUGCUAUUUUGCUAUUUAACAGUUUAGGGAGAUCUAGUUAUGAACGUCAAUUACAUCAUAUAUCAACAGAAAUAUUUCUUUUUCGUAAAAUUUAUUCUCUUUCAGGUAUGCCAAUAUCUGAUGUCCUUCAAAAGAACGUUGGCAUUGGUGGUGUGAUCUCUCUUCUGUGGUUCCAAAGGUGUUUGCCGCCUUAUGCUUGCAAAUUCUUUGAAAUGUGUCUUAUGGUUACAGCCGAUCAUGGUCCAGCAGUAUCUGGAGCACAUAAUACAAUCGUAUGUGCAAGAGCUGGUAAAGAUUUGGUUUCAAGCGUAGUGUCUGGUCUAUUGACUAUUGGAGAUAGAUUCGGAGGUGCGCUUGAUGGAGCUGCCAAGCAGUUCAGUGAGGCUUAUGAAAAAGGUAUGCAACCCGCAGAGUUCGUUAACCAAAUGAGAAACAAAGGAGAACUUAUUAUGGGUAUAGGCCACAGAGUCAAGUCCAUCAAUAAUCCAGAUCAGCGUGUGAAAAUAAUUAAAGAAUUUGUCAUGUCUAACUUUCCCGCUACUCCACAUACGCAGUAUGCCCUAGAAGUUGAAAAAAUUACAACGAGCAAGAAACCCAAUCUCAUUCUGAAUGUAGAUGGAGUUAUUGCCGCCGCUUUUGUAGAUAUGCUGAAAAAUUGUGGUAGUUUCACAAGCGAAGAAGCUCAAGAGUAUAUCGACAUUGGAGCAAUCAAUUCGCUCUUUGUUUUGGGCAGGUCAAUAGGUUUCAUUGGGCAUUUCAUGGACCAGAAGAGGCUGAAACAGGGGAUGUACAGGCAUCCAUGGGAUGAUAUUUCAUAUGUACUACCAGAACAAUAUAACAACGAUAACUAGAUGGAUUAUAAUAGAUUUGACUAUUUCACAAACAACAGCAGCACUUAUUUUUCAUAGAGACUUUAUAUAGUUAAGAGUAGAAUGUAUGAAAUUUUGAUUGGUUGUAUCGAAAUUGGGACAUAUGCACUUUCCAUACCCAUUUCCACGAUGAAAACUAAUGAACUUACUUGUAUGAGAAUGAUAUUCUCUAAUUUAUUAAUUUGAAAAUUGAAAUUUAUAUUUAUUAACCAAUUAUUUUCUAGUGUUUAAUUUAAAGUGAUGUCAGGCAUAAUUUUCAAGAGAUCGGCUAUUUUAUCUAUCUUGCUUCUACAUGAGUUCUAAAUUUAUGUGUGUUGUAUUAUCUGAAUGAAGUGAUUUGAAAUUGUUCAAUUAACUCAUGGUUGGACCUAAAUUUCAGGGAAAAUGUUGAAUACAAUUUUUGUAUACCUAAUUAUAAUAAAUAAUAAUAAAUAAACUUCAUUAUCAAAAACA